AUGGCUUCCUUAGCGACAGAUUUGUUCAAAGAGUAAAUAGUGACCAGUUACAGCGAGCAGGUGUGUACACUCUUCUGCCUAAGUUUAUCUACAGCAUGUGCUGUGCCUUAUUUUAAACUAACGAGAAUGUCAGACCCAGCAAGUCGGGAACAGACCUCAGUAUCAGAACUUCAGACAAAAAUAGUCCCAGAUCCUGGAUCAAGUCUUCUAGAAACAAUGCCAGUGUCAACACACUUGCCCACCAUAUUUGGUGAGGUUGUGGAAAGAGAUGUGACUUUUUGUAUUGAUACUUCAGGCAGCAUGUUUAAUUGUAUCCAUGUAGUUAAAGAACAGCUUAUUGAGACAUUGAUGAAGCAUGCAUUAAGAGAGGGAGAUACUACUUUCAACAUCAUUGAAUUUAACUCGGAGGUUACACAGUGGGCUGACAAGAUGGUUGCAUGUACACCUGAAACUGUAAAAGUUGCUGCAGAAUGGAUCAGAAAACUCAGUGCCAAAACUGGCACCAAUACACUAGAUGCUCUUCUCACAGCAUUUCAGGACAGGUCAUGCCAAGCUGUAUAUUUAGUGACUGAUGGACUUCCAGACAAUUUCAUAGAGGACAUUCUUGACACAGUUAUAGAAGCAGCCAAAGGUCGCCCGAUUCACUGCAUAUACCUGUCUGGGGAGAAGGCUGAUGCUACAGCUGUAGAAUUUCUUGAAGACCUCGCUGUGGAGUCCUUUGGGUCUCUUCACAUUGCAACUUUAACCACUCAUGGGUGUGUGGAAAGAAUCAGCCCCAUAUAUCGAUCAGAACAUGCUAGUGGCCGAGUAAUCCGUACUGUUAACAACACACUGCGCCCUAACUUCAAAACAUGCAGUGUUACUACAACGCUACAGAUUGAUCCAGACGAGAUUCUUGCAAACACCCCUAGAACAUCUUACUUUGGGCAGGGUUAUCAUACUCCAUAUGUGCCACCUUGGUGGCGCCACAGAUUUUGGGGCUUGGGUUUUGACCCAUUUCGAUACUACUUUCCAAGCACAUGGAGCAGAUAUCGCCCUGCAAAGUCCUGGCUGAAGUUUCAAGACAAGCUGCUGGAACCACCAGAGGCAGUGGGGAUGUCACCAGCUGCUGGGUCAUUGCUCAUAGACAAGAUAGUGCUGGCCAGGAGGAUAAGUGAUGGUUACUUCUAUAUGGGAAAGGUCCAGAGUCAGAUACUAGAUGAAAAAUUCUUGAUUGCUUUUGGACCCUGCAAGCAUGGUAAAUACAGAGAAACCACAUACCAGGACACAUUUGUCUUUGAUAUUGUUGACUACUGUGAUGCCCAGCGACACACUAUUAUCACUGGGGAUCAUGUCCUGGCGCCAUGGGAGCCAGAGGGGGAGAGGUUUGGCCCUGGCAUUGUCAUUGAUGGACAGGAGAAACGACAGGCAAUUGAGAACCAAUCAGAAGGACCAGAAGACAGAGAGAUCACAGUUGCCUUCAGCAAUGGGCGAACAGAAAAAGUGGUGAUGGACAGGGCUAUCUGGAUUCCAGAACCUGUGUACGAGCGCAUCUCAUUGGAACUCAAAAUGCCUAAGGAAACUCGCUCCACCCUCAUGACCACUGACCACUAUCCCUUAGACUCACUGUCAGGGUACCCCACAUCAGGUCCUCAUGCAGACCCACCCGAGUUUUUCACGCCUGAGUAUUUUACUGUGGAACCUAGCUUGUAUUAUACAGGGUGGGACAGGUUUUCAUACCCUCCAUACCUAGGCUAUUUCCCUCCAUAUCCCUUAAUAAUGAGAAAGAAAUCACCAAUGGAGCAAAGGAAGGAAAAGGACAAAGAUGUAGAUGAGAUUAUACCUGGCACAGACAUGACUUGUCAAGAACUGAACAAGCGAGUACUUUCGCAGCUCAAAGAGCACCAACUAGUGCCAGGACAACAGCAGAAAGGUGACAGGGAGCAGCAGCAAGUACUGGACGGCUCUCGCUUGCUGAAGAGGAGGGAGAAGCAGGAAGAGAAUGCUCUUAAAAAGUCAGUCACUUUCAGGGACUCUGAUUUGGUUCACUUUGCACAAGAGUCAUCCUUGCCACCCACUGACAAGAGCCUGGAUGUAGACAGUGGGACUGGUCUAUCUGACUCAGAGUUUGAUGCCAUGUUCCGAGACAUUCACAGAGACCAGGGGGUAAAUACAGACUCCAGCCUUCUUUUUUACCACUCUGCUGGAUUGGGAGAACGCCCACCAUGGAAGUAUUGGCGGAAUGACCCAAGCCCUGACAUGUCUAGUCUAAGGAGUAGCGGUGGUGGCAGUGGAGGUGGUAGUGGGGUAGCUGGUGGUCAUGGUCCUUUUCGAGAGACUGCAUUACAAGCUCCUUUGGAGGCAAGGGACCAGCGAAAAUCUCCUUACAUUGUAGAGUGGACAAGUCCAUCUUUUCGGUAUGUAGACUCUUCUGCAAAGCAUAACUAUUCUAACACAGUGGAAAAAUGCCUUCAUACACCUCACCCACCUCAUUCUGGAGUACCCGAGUUCACAACAGAUACCAGCUACCGUAUACCUAUGACCAGACCUCCCACUGAGGAUGAAAAGGAGGAGGCCAGACGCCAGUAUAAACGAUUUCACCAUAUAAAGCGGCAAAUGGCAUGGCAGGAGCGACUGGCAAAUGAAAACCACAUGAAGUCUCUCAUGCAAGAUGGGCAUCGGGAGCGUGUUCAGGCCCAAAUCAAACGCGAACAAGAACGGCAGCAGCAGGAGCAGGUAAUGAUACAGAAGGCAAGGGAGGCCAAGAAAAAGAUCAGUGAGGAAUUACGGAAACACAUAGAGAACAACCAGCAGCGGGAGAAGGAGCGUGAAGAGAAGAGAAUCGAUGCCUUGAGACAAAGACGAGAAAGAAGGGAGACCAUUGAAGCACAGAGACAGAAAGAAAUGGAUGAAAUUACAGAAAGGAGGGAGCAAAUACGCCGCCAACAUAGCGCAGCUCGUUCAAACGCUGUAACAAAUCAGCUGAACGAACAGGAUGCAAAAGCUGCAGCACUUGAUAAACAGCAUCACAGUGCGAAAAUUCAACGGAUCAACCACUUCAGCAAACUAGAGGACCAAGCACAGGCCAAGAAAGACUUGAGGAUAGCAGUUAGUGAUCAGCAUUUGGCAUUGUACAGGUCUCAGAUUUUUGCAUAAGCACUAUUCUUGAAAACUUUCAGAACAAUUAACUUCCUUUCCAUUGCAGAGAAAAGCAAAUUGUAAUCUCAGAACGAAAGCAGAUAGGAAGCUAUACUGGAAUGUCUGAAUGACUUUGCAAGUAUAGUGGUUGAAGAUACUGAAUGUCUAGAGUGACAUAAAAGCCUAUUUCAUUCAUCACAUUCUCAAACUUUGGAGCCAUAUUUUUUUAAUGGCUGCAGGAGAUUAAAAAAAGUUAAUUUGAUCUGCAAGUUUACACUGUGGGCUGCAUUCAGCAGACCAGCACAACUGCACGUUGUUUUUUUUGGCAAGCAAAUAAUUUUUUGCAGAAUGUUUGCUGUUGCUAUGUUAGACAUAUCACAAUUUGUUGAUGGAACCGAUGGAGAUCAGCAUCAGCAGCAUUGUUGGCCAAUAUUUGUCAAGACUGCCGAUUUCAACAAAGGAUAUGUCUGGCAGUUACUCUUUAAAUUAUAAUGUACAUGAUGUCCACUGUGAUACUAGUGUGUCCAAUGUGAUGUGAUGUCUAUAGUGGAUAUUAUUAGAUAUAUCUUCGAGUGGGUAUUAGAAGUUGAUAACCUUUAAACUGAUCUUGUUGUACAUUCUGGUCUGCUUGGCAUGAAGGUUUAGCUAUGUUGUCCACAUAGCUAGGAAAGGAAGAAGAAAGAUUUAACAGUGUUUUACACUAUGCCAGCUUCUCAGUUUGCAGAUUAGUUCAGUUGAAUCAACCAACUGGCCAAAAAGGCAUUCUUAUGCUUCUGGCUUGACUUUGAGGCUCUUCCUCUCCAGUUCCCCUUAAAAGAGAACAAACGACCAGCCAAAAAUGCUUUUGUAUCCCACACCAAGUGUUGAUACAAUAAUAAUGCAAGUUCUGUUAAUAAAACCAGAAAAAAUAACACUGCAUAUUAUCUAGUAAUUACCCAUUGGCAACUUCAUUAAAUUAAUUAUUUUUCUGUACCUCUUUUUUUUGUGAAUUAAUGUUCAUGUUACAUUGAUUUUUGAUUUGUCCAUGUUAAUUUUUUUUGGUCAUGUUGAUUUUUUUAGCUUGAUGUCUUCAUCUCUCCCAGCACACAAAGCUUUGGCAAUUGGUAAAAAGUGUGUAUAAGUUCAGUUUAUUGUUCACAGAUUUAAUAUUUGCUUUUUGGCACUUUUGAUUGUGCAACCAUUUUAAACUAUGGUGGCUAAUAUUGUUGUGAAAGCUUCAGGAUUAAUUUGCUUGAAGGCUGAUCCAAGUAAUCAUGUGAUUGUUACAGAACCUUGAAAGGCAUCUGUAGUAGUAUAUUUGACAUGAUCGUGUUUUAUAGUUAGGCAUAGUGCAAUGAAAUAGUCUAAGAUGUUGCUUUCUGAAUAAUAUUGGAGUAUAUAUCUUCUUAAAAUAUUCAUUUCUUGCCUUGUAAUCUGUACAUAUAUGCAGUGCAGUUAAAGAUGUACUGCACCUAAAAAGAAGAGUAUUGAUGUUUUUUUUAAAAUAAUUGGUUCCUGGCAGCUUUAGAAGUCACCUACUGAUCUCAAAAUAGUCAGUGUAACAUGUUUAAAGGAUGAUAAACAGAACUGAAUUUUAACUGAAGUUAGGUUGUCCUAUUCUCUAAAUGAAUUUGGCAAGUCAUUGUUCCACAAAAAGUUAUCAUUUCCAAUAUGGAGAUUGAAAAAAAAGGGUUGGUGGAAAGACAGAUUGAUUAAGAGGCAAUAUGAAUUUGUAAAUUUAGAAAGGUGAAUAACAUAGGAUGAUUAUGAUAACUGAUAAAUGCAGAGAAAGAAGUGAUGAUGACAUUAGUAAUGAUGGAGAUAACAGCAAAAUAAUGACCUAUAAUGGAAUUAUCCCUAUCCCAACAUCUUUAUUGAUAUCAUUUCAUUGAAUGGUUUUCUAAUAUUUUAACUUCAGUAUUCCAUUUAUAAUUUUUUUUUAAUGAUAACAUUAAAUUUUUAUUAUGUAAUCACUAUUUAAAAACUGUUGAAAACUUAGUUCACCAGCUGCACUGACUGUUCUCAUGAAUAUAAAAUAAUAGAAAUUCCAAGAAUUCAUAGAAUUUCAUACAAUGUAAUACUAAAUGAGGGUAAAUUUCUUAAGAUUAUGCAGAACACUUUGGACUCAAUUUUUUCCCUUGUACUUUUGAUUCAACUGGCUUUUAAACAAUAAAAUAUUAUCAUUUAUUGUGGCAUAAUCCUUGUAUUUAUGAACCAAAAAUUUGUUAAAAAUGAAGUGCCUUGAUAUGGCUUAGUUUAAUCCUCUCUAAUCUUUAUUAUGUAUUCACAGAUUGAUCCUAUCACCAAUAUCUUUGUAAAUUGAGCCAUAGUAAAUGUUUUUCCCAUUUGUGUUGUGAUUUUUUUUAUAACUCAAAGCUUUAUCGACUUAAAAAACUGUAUUGGCUUUUUCCAGUCAAUACACAGUAUUAUGCUUGCCUUAGCUGAACAGCGAUUUCAUACUGAAGCAUGCAGUUAAUUUUACUUACGGAAGAACAUGAUGUAACACAUUUGACUCCAACUUUAUACUAGCUGACAUUUACACAACAGCUGUCAGUAUUAUGUAGAACACCCUAACUGCAGUGUUUUAAUUGUAAUAUAAAAUACUGAAGUGUCUUAUGCUUUUUUUUUCUUUCUUCCAUUUCCCUUCUUUACCAAAAGAAGAAAAACAUUUCUACCAAAGUGUCAGUUGUUAUCAGUCUACCUGUCCUCUUCCUUUUUUUCUGCACAAACAUGCACUUUCAUAUGCCUCUCCCCACCUAAACAGACUUGCGAAAAGUACAAAACAUCACAUGUUCAAGAGUUUGCCUUAAUAGGGGAAUAGACAUCUUUGAUACCUCCACAUCUGCAUAUAUAUUUCAGAUAUCUUCAUGAUCAUUUAAUUAAUCUCACAAUAUAUGCUUGGCUCUGAUGUUCAAUCUCAUGCAUUUAGACAUGUAGACUGCAUUUUAUUUUUAAAUCAUUGUAUUUAUAGCCAUUGCCUCAUAAUGUUGUAUGUCUACUUCGAUCUAGCAAACUUUGACAUUGGGUCUCUAUUCAACAAAUGGAGAAAUCUUCAGAUAUCUUGUAUUCUAUAAACUUUAUAUUUUGUAGAACGUUGUCUGUAUUAAGAAAAAUUUAGCUUCUGCUUAAAAUCCAAAAUAGAAUUGUGUAUUUUAGUCAUUUAUUAUUGCAAAGGUUUACCUUUGAUUAGGUUUUGAUACCAACUGUGCUUUCGUUUGACAGCCUAACACUGUAAAUAGUGAUGCAGAUUCCAUAGUCUGGCAGACGAUGUCUGUGUGAUCAAUGAGUACAUGUGUCCAGCUAUCCUUUUUACUGACUGCACUCUUUUGGUGAUUCAUAUCUGACCAAUUUAUGGUUAUAAUAAACAUCCGGUUACAGAAACAAUUGUCUCAACCUGUUGGAUAAACAUCUGGAUUUUUUUCGCAUUUAUUGCAUUAAUACACCAUGGUUAUUUUAAAACAAAAUAAAAAAAAUUAUUUGCUAACAUUGUUCUUUCAUUAGUUAAAAAAGUGCUGUGCUGAUUUUUUUUUUACCAAAGAGUUUUGCAGUCCUGUGAGGCUGUAUUAUAGCUUUUUAUAUAAAACAUUUAGUUUACAAAUGCAUUAUGUGAACAAGUCUUUAUAGGAAGUUUUUAUACAAAUAAAGUCUACUUAUUUUCAAUUUUCUUUCUCCAAAUAAAUUGCGUAGCUUACUCUCGAGACUCUU